AUGAAAACCUUAUACUUAUUUAUUUUAUUCAGCUGUUUACAGAAUGUUAUGUUUAUCACUUGCAGUCAAGAAAGUAAAAUACUUAUUCUACCAUUAUGCUCGGUUAUUUACUACAAAGCUGUUGAAUUUUUAACAAAUAAAACCUAUACAAAUGAAGUGAAAGUUAAACUUUUACCGUUAUCAUAUGAAUCGUAUUAUACACAUAUGUAUAUGGCGUUUAAAGAUGCCGAUGAAAAUAUUUCUACUGUUAGUCUGAUUGGCAAAACUGUUGAAAGUAAUAUCAGCGGUGUAAAUUUAGUUCUUCCCAUGAAAAAAUUAGAUGAUAUGUAUGCACCCUAUUUUAUUUCUAAUGUACUUAAUUUUGUGCGUAAAUGUUAUCAAAAACAUGCCAAAAAUAUGGUGAAUACCACUUACAUAUCCAUUAUGAGACAUGCAGAUAGUGUGAAACUUGGUCGUGAUAUUAUUAAAUCUUCUAGUGAACACUUUAAACGUCAUACGCCAUCUGGAUCUCUUUAUCUACUUUGGGAGAUGAAAUCAAAUUCAGAUAAAUUUCUCAAGUCAUUAAAUUACCGAUUAUUAGCGUGUGGGAAUAACAAUGAUCAAAUUGGUUUGUGUGACUGGAGAAAGCUUGGAUUGCCAUCGACUGAAGCAAAUGACCAGUGUUUAUAUGCAUUGGAUAAUAAAAAGUAAUAUUGUCUACUGUUCUGCAACCUUCCAACCAUAUUUAACUUGUGUUUCGAAUCACUCUAAAUAUUAAAAUUUCUUUAUUUGUACCACUCCAUGAUAAACUGAUUUUAAGCCUAUACUGACAAAAUUAAAUUGUUGAAC